CCUCGGUGCUCCUAGCCCUGCCCUCGGCCAGUCUCAGCCAAGCCUUCCCGGAGGCAACAUCGCAGCUUCAGCAUGUCCCAGCCGGGCCAAAAACCUGCUGCCUCUCCGAGACCCCGGCGUGCCAGGCACACGCAGGAGCAUGUUAAUGAGAAAGCCAGUGGAUCGUCUUCUAAACCAGGAGAAAAGAAAGGAUCCGAUGAGGGCCGGACUCAAGAUCUCUAUGUCCAAAGAGGCAGACUGUCUUUUGGUCUUGAACCUGAAAGGCUGACCUCCUACUUCAAAAGGAAGAAGAGAGGAUUUUACAGUCUUGAGAAAAAAGCAGCCAGCCUUGGGAGCAGUGAACCUUCCAGAACCCAUGCUGAUGGAGCAGCUGCCGUGACCAAGGUGUCAGCUUCCCCUGGUGCAGCCAGCAAGCCCGCCAGCAUGAAUCCUACGGGAGCCAAGGUGGAAGGACCACAUUCUCCUGACAAGAAGAGACACAGAAGACAGACUGCAAAAACAGAGAAGUCACAACCAACCCAGACCACCGAUGGUCCCGAGAAAAAGCCCCGAGAAGCUAAGCCAAAGGAACAACCCGAGCCAAAAAGCUCUUCUAGACACACAUCCGAGCAAGGAAGCAAGGAUGGUUCUAAGGAGAAGGAGCCGUCUGCACCAGAGAAAGCAGCAGAGCCAAAGACUAAAGCACGGGACACGAUAUCUGCUGGUGAGAAGAAUGUUGCUGCUGGGAUAACCGCAACACCUGGAAAACCAGAUGACCAGAAGAAGCAAAAGAAACCAUUGGCAGCCGCUGCACCAGCUGAACCAAAGCCGGAUAAGCCGUCGGGAAAGUCAGACAUGGAUGCUGCUUUGGAUGACCUAAUAGACACGUUAGGAGAUCCUGGCGAGACAAAUGAAGAUACUACGCCUUACACAGGACCAGAAAUCUCAGACCCCAUGAUUUCCACCUACCUAGAGGAACUGGGUAAAAGAGAAGGUACAAUUCCUCCAGAAUACAGAGAGCUUCUGGCCAAAAAAACAGGGAUCACAGUGCCUCCACCAGACUCUUCGGAGUCCAUGGGACCCGAUGAUGCCAUCAACGCCCUGUCGUCCGACUUCACCUGCCCCUCUCCUGCGGCCGGCGCGAAGGAAGCCAAGAAAGAGAAAUCUGAAGGAGAGGUUUUAAAAGCUGAAUCAGCCAAAGUAAUCAAAAGUGCAGCCCCACCCCAAGAGAAGAAAAGAAAAGUGGAGGAGGAUGCCAUGAGUGACCAAGCAUUGGAGGCCCUGUCGGCUUCCCUGGGCACCCGGAUACCAGAACCCGAGCUUGACCUCAGCUCCAUUAAGGAAGUGGCCGAGUCAAAAGCUAAAGAAGAGAAAGUCGAGAAGUGCGGUGAGGAUGAUGAGACUGUACCAGCCGAGUACAGACUGAAGCCAACCACGGAUAAAGAUGGGAAGCCACUGUUACCAGAGCCUGAAGAGAAACCGAAGGUGCGGAGUGAGUCGGAACUCAUCGAUGAGCUUUCCGAAGGAUUCAGCCGCACGAAAUGGAAAGACAAACAGUCGAAGCCAGCUGAAAACACAGAGGACUCCAAGGCCGCUGCAUCCGCUCCAGUGACGGAAGCCGUGGGCCGGACCUCCAUGUGCAGCGUGCAGUCGGCCCCCGCCAAGCCUGCCUCCCAGAAGGGCCGGGUGCCAGAUGACGCCGUGGACACCCUGGCCAGCAGCCUGGGAAGGAAGGAAGCAGACCCAGAGGAUGGAAAACCUGUGGCGGAUCAAACCAAGGAGAAAGCCAAGGAAAAAGACCGAGAAAAGCUUGGUGAAAAGGAAGAAACGAUCCCCCCCGAUUAUAGAUUGGAAGAGGUUAAGGAUAAAGAUGGAAAACCACUCCCACCAGCAGAGCCCAAGGCAGAGUUUCCAGCCAUGACCGAGGACGAUCUACUGGAUGCCUUGUCUGAGGACUUCGGGAGUUUGUCAAAAGCAUCGCCACUGAAAUUCGACGAUGCCAAACUCGCCGCCGCCGUCUCUGAAGUGGUCUCCCACACACCAGCGCCUGUCACCCACGCUGCAGCCCCGCCCCCUCACGCACAGCCUAGUGACAAAGAGCUUGACGAUGCUUUGGACAAACUUUCUGACAGUCUUGGGCAAAGGCAGCCUGAUCCAGAUGAGAACAAACCAAUGGAGGAUAAAGUGAAGGAGAGAGCCAAAAAGGAGCAUAGAGACAAGCUUGGGGAGAGAGAUGACACCAUCCCCCCCGAGUACAGACACCUGCUGGACCAGGGUGACAAGGACAAACCGGAGAAGCCAACUACAAAGAAAUCAAAGGAAAUGAAGAAGCCGGCAGGUGAACAGGACCCCAUUGAUGCUCUCUCAUCAGACCUGGACAGCUGCCCUUCAGCCACAGAGACCUCACAGGACGCCAAGAAGGAAAAGAGCAAGAAGACAGUGUCCAGUUCCAAAGCGGGCAAACAUGCAGACAAAGCAAAGGAUUCCACAAAGACGACAGAGGAAACCUCCAAGCCAAAAAAGAAUGAAAAAACUACGAGUUAAAGUUUACGUGGUUUGGUACCUCAAAUCUUCAACUGGUGGAUGGUGACUUUUGAAGAAUAAAAAAGGCUUUUGAAACAGAAACGUUUUUCUGGGUAGCUUCUAAACAGUGGCGUUGAGCCUUGUCAUCCUAUGCAUUGGUUGUUGCGCAUUU